AUGGCUCCAUCCGCCAUCGAAGAGCAACCCCCCAUCGAAAAGGUCCCAAUCAAAGCAUGGAAUCGUCCCGCACCCACCGAGGAGAAGCUUGAUUGGGCUCCAUUGGUGCAAAUUGACCUGUCCCGUUUCGACGAACCGGGCGGAAAGCAAGAGCUCGCAAAGCAACUAUACGAUGCUGUUACAAGAGUCGGUUUCUGGGUUGUAGUUGGCCACGGACUUGGCGAAGAACGUGUCCUGCGUCAAUUCAGUCUUGGUAAUGCGUUUUUCAAAGAGCCACUCGAAGAGAAGCGAAGCUUCCCUUGCAAUUUUGCCGAGGGUGAGUAUUUUGGUUACCGUGAGAACUCGAGGUGGGUUGGAGAUACGGGGGUCAAAGAGAAUAUCGAAAUGCUCAAUAUUCCCAAACCAAUCCCUGCAUGGGACGAUGUUCCGAAACACAGGAUCGUCCGUCAGAAUUAUGAGGAGAUCGCGAGCUUCCAUCGUGAUCUUUUUGACAAUGUUAUCAGGAAGCUGUUUGUCUUGAUGGCUAUUAUUCUUGAAUUGCCGGAAGACUACCUGGUCAAUGCUCAUGCCUAUGACCAGCUUUCUGACGACCACUUGCGAUAUAUGAUCUACAACACCCGGACUCAAGAGGAAUGGGACAAGGCCCAGGGCUACACCAAGGGUGGACAUACCGACUUUGGCAGCUUGACAUUGUUGUUCUCGCAGCAUGUUGCCGGCUUGCAGAUCCGGACUCCAGAAGGAGAAUGGAAAUGGGUGAAGCCCGUUGACGGUGGGAUUACGUGCAAUGUUGCCGAUACCUUAUCCUUCCUUACUAAUGGCUUCCUCAAAUCCACAAUUCAUCGUGUUGUUACACCCCCGAAAGAUCAGCUCGACAUCCCUCGCCUUGGGUUGCUCUAUUUCUGUAGACCUGGGGAUCAUACCAUAAUGAGGACAGUGCCCUCGCCUGUACUCGAACGUCUCGGUAUGCUCACUGAGGAUGACAAAAAUCCUAGCAAACCUGCCCCUACAGGAACUGAAUAUGUUCGUGCUCGGGUGAAGGAUGUGCAUCAUAAGACUGUGAUUGAUCGCCGGGAGAAUACGUCGUUUGAGUUCAAGGGGCUGAAAGUGCAGAAUUACUAUGCUUAG